GGUUGCUGGGAAUUAAACUCUGGCUCUCUGAAUGAGCAGCCAGUUCUCUUAACCCGCCGAGCCAUCUCUCAGGUCCUGCAGUGUUUGUUCUUAACUCCCCACGAUGCACGGGUGCAGCGGCUUGCCCACGGGUAUACUGCUAGGUGGAGACAAUGUAACACGGCCUUGGUUUCUGGCUCUUAACCCCAGCGUUUUUUUGAAUACCGUGACGCUAAUUGCGCUGUCUGUCGGCCCGAAAUCGCCAUCCAUUUUAUAUGCUUGGAUUUUUUUUUUUUACGAAUUUCCACUCUUCUACCAGUACUGUCUGUCCCUGCUGUAUUACAUAGUUUUAAUUAGGUACUCCAAAUUGGAAUGCAUGUAACAGCAUAGACCUGAAAGCCAGCCUGCUGUCACACAGUUGCUGAUUUGUUAAUCUUGCCUAAUGCCUAGCCCUAAAUUCAGUGAUGCUGCUGGUGUCCUUGGGGUUUUACAGUAGUCUUAUUUCCCUUCAAUUUUGAUGAACUGGUGCUUAUAAAAAAAUCAAAUGGUAGAUUCUGCAACCCAUUUUCCUGUUGAUUUGAGGAUACAAAAUAUUUAAUGGUGUCUGCACCCUAUUUCUUGUCAGAACGCUGUCAGGAAUGACUUGUAGGAUCAGUAGGAGAUAUAUAGCAAAAAGACACAGAUGACAUUAGAAAUACCUGAGGAAGAAAGGCAGUCAGGCCAUGUUCUGCCUGCCAGUUUGGAAUCUGCCAGUUUGAAGAAGAACAACUGGGGGCUCUUGUUUCCUGGGAUCCUUGGUGGGGCACUGGUGACACUGUAUGCUGUGGCUACACCAUUUAUCACACCAGCCCUCCGGAAAGUGUGUUUGCCGUUUGUGCCUGCAACUUCGAAGCAGACUGAAAAUGUUGUGAAGAUGUUGCGACACAGAAGAGGAUCCCUGGUGGACAUUGGCAGUGGCGAUGGACGCAUUGUGAUUGCAGCUGCAAAGGAAGGAUUCCCGGCUGUGGGCUAUGAACUGAAUCCCUGGCUGGUUUGGUAUUCGAGAUACCGUGCCUGGAGAGAAGGUGUGCAUGGUUCCACCAAGUUUUAUGUUUCAGACCUGUGGAAGGUCACCUUUGCACAGUACUCCAAUGUUGUCAUUUUUGGUGUGCCUCAGAUGAUGCCGCAGCUGGAGAAGAAACUUGAGCUGGAACUUGAGGAUGACGCUAGAGUUAUUGCCUGCCGGUUCCCUUUCCCACACUGGACUCCAGACCACACUACUGGAGAGGGGAUUGACACCGUGUGGGCGUAUGACAUGAGCACGUUUAGAGGGCGGGAAAAGAGGGCCUGAAUGUGAGCAUCAAGUGGGUGGGUCAUCUAGUAGACCUUCAGGUAGGUCACAGAGCAAACAUUCCUUGACAUGGAAUGGGAAGUCACCGUUGCUGUUCUUACCCUUUGGAGAAAAGGGUCAGGAGCUCAGAAAAACAUCUAGGUGUGAAGACAGUUUCACGUAGUCUGGUUUGGCCUUGAAUUUUCUGUGUAGCUUAGGAUGACCUGAGUGAUCCUUCCUCCUCUAGCUUCCCAGUAAAAUUGCUCUUCAUGGAAUAUUUUGAAUGGGUUUACUACCUGUUCCUACACUCGGAUGCUUGAAGAUAUAAAUAAUUGAGUCAUGUUUAUGGGACAGAAGGUUAUCAUCUCGAAGCAGCAUGGUUUAAUGCCACAGAUGAAGAGGGAGGGGGCAACGUCUGCAGUUUCCUACAGUUUUGUUCAUGAGUGAGAUGUAUCUCCUUUCUGUAGUUUGUAGCUAAAUUAAUUUUAUAAAAGAUUCAGAUAGUGGCAUUUAUAUUUUGUAAUGUUUAUAAAGAAUAUAUUGCCCUAAUACUGGUAGCUUGCUGUACUUUAUUGAUUGAAUAUGUAUAUGUGCAUGUUCAACUGUGUGUCAACAGUCUAUGUAACAAUCACAUGCUUUAAAAUUGGGAAAAUUGUGACAAA